CAUAUAAAAAGAGAAAGAGAGAAUGCACUCGGUGACUCGGGGGACGUUUCCGAACGCAGCCAUAGAUGGGAUAAAUCGUGUGAUCUAUUUUUGUAAAGGAUUUCAUAUAGUUAUUCUUCCUGAAUCUCUUUUAGAUCUUAAUUUUUGUCCUGUGAGAUUUUAGUGAAUCAAUCAAAAUGACGGAAAAAUUACCUAAGGAGAUAACGAAAUCGAGUUUUCGUCGAAAAGUGUGGGAUUAUAUGGCAAAGAAUGAAUUGGUAAACUUUCCUGUUAACAUAUAUAAACGUAUUCCGAACUUUAAAGGUGCUGUGGAAGCAGCGCAGCAGUUGAUUGAAUUAGAUGAAUUUAAGAAAGUCAAAACCAUAAAAAUAAAUCCAGACAAACCGCAAGAACCAGUACGAUUUUUAGCUCUGGAGGCCAACAAAGAAAUUAUUGUACCUAUUCCCAGGUUAAGAUCUGGCUUAUUUCUGCAUGUUACACCAGUUGCUGGUGCAACAAAGGAACAAUUAAAAACACUGGCUUCUAUGCGUGGCCUAGAGCAAGUGGGUAAACCACUUGGACUUGAUUCUAAUAUUAAGGUAGAUCUCAUUGUGUUGGGAUCUGUAUGCGUCAGUCGAGAUGGAUACAGGCUUGGCAAAGGAGAAGGUUUUGCGGAUCUCGAAUUUGCCAUGAUGAUGAGAAUGGGCACAAUAACAGAAAACACAGUUGUUAUCACGACAGUGCAUGAUUGCCAAAUUGUAGAUUAUUUACCACCACAAUUGUUUAAAGAGUACGACGUGCCGGUAGAUAUAAUUGUUACACCAACACAAACUAUAUUUGUGAAGCCGAGAUUAAAGAAACCAUCUGGUAUAUUGUGGCACAUGCUCAGUGAAAGAAAACUCAAAACUAUGCAGGUAUUACAGCAGCUCAAAGAGAUGGAUGAAAAGGAUGGCAAAAUAGUAAUUCUGAAGGAAGUCGAUUCCGAUAUCGAGACGCAUCGAUAUAUAAAAAAUCGCGUUAAAUAUUCGAAAAACAAGAAACAUCACAAUAUAAAAAAGGAUGCAGCUAAUAUAGAAAAUUCUACUGUGGAAGGUGUCAAAGAUAAAAUUCUUAAGCCACGUUUCCCACGAAGACGUACUUAUAAAAAAACCAAAGUCGAAGAAGAAAAUAAUCUUUCUAAUGCUGAAGUGCAAACAAAAGGGGAAAGCAAUGGCAAGAGUGCUCCCCGACGACGAAAGAAUCUUCGCACCAGAACGAAAGCGCAUAUCGACUUUUCUUUAAAGUUGUCGAAUAUUUCGUCUGGCGUGAGAGUCCGUGAUUUGAAAAACGCUUUGUUGGAGCGUGGUAUUAAACCAAAUGAGAUAACUUGGCAAGGGUAUCGCGGCAUUUGUUACCUUCAUUUUAGCAAACUUAGGAGUGAGACUGCUUCACCGGAUCAGCCAGUUCAGGUAGAUUCGAUUAUGGCGAAUUUACAGCAGCUUCGAAUCGGUGAGUUUAUGAAUAACGAGGAAGGUUUUAUACACGUAGAACCCGCGAAACCGAUUUCCAGAAUCGAGGUUACUGAUGUGACGACCGUUUAAAUGAUAUUUACUAAAAAAACUACAUCGAACAUAUAUUUACGUAGUUUUUUGGACGUUUCAAUGUUGAAUAUAUAUGUAUACCUUUCCCAAAAUUAAUUCCUUUUUAAUAAUUUUGCUUUUAUAUACAUAUAUACAUGUCCUCAGAUAAUACGCAUUUCUUAUCAGUUGGAUUUAAACAAGUUUUAUGUGUAAGAAAUUGCGCGAUUUCUGUGGGACAUUGUACUUUUUUUUUAUAAAUACUAGCUUAAAUGCUUUGAGUUGCACAUGAUAUAUUUACAUAUAGGCAUAUCUUUUUAACAACAAUUUUACAUUAUAUUUUACAUUAUAUUGUUACUUUGCUUUUUAUAUACUGGGAGUUGUACUUUUGCAAAUAUUACACUGAGAUAAUAUGUCGAUAAUAACGAAUUCAGACAAACCGAGAUGUGAUAUACAUAUAUACCUGGUGCAGUGCGAAUAUUAAUAUUCUAAUAGUUAUUAUGAUUAACGCAGAUAUAUUGCAUAUUUUUGGCUAAUGAGUUUAUUUAUACUUUCGUAUUAAGCCGUUUGAUAUGCAAGAUGAUAUCGAGUAAUUUUUCAACAAAUUCUCAUUGCGCAUAAAAUGAUCUGUGAUCAAAAGAUAUCUAGUAUAAGAUAGUUGGUGUGUGAAGAAACAUAGCAAGCACAAUAUUGCUGAAUAGAUUGAGAGACAAACAAAAAUAUUUUAAGACUUAAAUCGGUACAUGUACAUUGGUACCUAAAAUUGGUAUCUAAAACAUAAUAUUUUCUUUGAUUUUUUUAACAAUUCAUUUUUUCUAGUCCAGAAUUAUAUUAAUAUAAAAUAUCGAAUAUUCAAAUUAGGAUACAUUAGAUUAUACAUGAUGUGACUCGGGACUUGUUAAAAGUUACAUGCCGAUAGAUAUAUCAACUGUUUUAUUUCUUUUGAAGAAUUAGCAAAAAUUGUUCUUGGUGAUUUUUUCCAUUCUCUGCAAAAAUAUGAGUUGAGAUUAAUCGAUGUGAGUAGUGUGCAUAUCUGCGAUACCAUCUAGUAGCAAUCAUCUAACAUUAGAACAUAGACUGAUGACAAUAGUUUAAGUCUCGUUUAUAAAGGAUAUUCGAAGCAAAUGAAGAUGCGAGUUAUCAACAUUUCUUCGUGUAGGCAGAAAUAAGAAAAAGUAUUCUAUUUUUCUGAACGUACAUAUUCUCGUAACAGAAGAUUAGAUACAAAUAUAUUUUCACAUGUUCUAAAACCAUUUUAUAGACGUGUUGUGGUCUUCCAUGUAUUGUCAUUUGAAAUGAUAGGUGGUGCUUGCGUGUUGGCCGAAAAGCGGAAAAACGGCAAUACUUUGUGAUAUUAACAAAUGAUUUAUUAUUUCUAAAUAUAUAUAUAUAUAAUAGCGAUGUGGUGAUCAUAUAGAACUAAUAACGAUUAUUUUUCGAAUGUACACAAAUCUUGCAUAUAUAAAGAAAAACUUUCUUUUUAUCAA